UGGAUAAACCAUGUUUCUUGGUUCUCUAGUCAGCACUGAUAUAGCGUCGUCCUCAGACGUGACCAAGAAACUCUUAAUUUCUGUAUACCCUAAAAAUUUCUUCUUGUUCAAGUCGCGAGCUACCAAAACUUUUUCUUCUUAUUUAGAUUGAACCGGUGUUGAUUCACUAGUCCUUUGUGAUUGCAGCGAAUGAUGGAUCACUACGAAGUUCUAGGGUUAAACAGAACCGCAAGUAAGAUUGAAAUCAGAGAAGCUUUUAAGAAACUAGCAUUAAGAUAUCAUCCAGAUAAACAUUUUAAUUCUUCUCAGGAAGUUAGGGAUGAUGCUACACGCAAUUUCAAACAACUUUCUGAAGCGUAUACUGCUCUUAUGGAUGAUCGGAAACGAGAGAAUCAUCGUCAUAGAGUGCCUUGUGCCGGUGAACGUGUAAGUCUUGCUACAAAUGACUGUGCAAAUGGCUAUGCCAGUGGGAGGUACGCUUUCAAUGUCAACCCACCAAAAUACACCAAGAAUACUAAUAGCGAACCACGAAAAACUUCAGAGAAUACUGAUCAGAAAACACCCAAUUGCAAAGCUUUUGGUACCUUUAAAGGUGUGGAAGUGACUAGCCGUGAUGUUAUCUAUUUUGGUGGCUUUGUCUUUGCUGGGGCGUUUGCAGUUGGAUCAGCAAUUUACGAAUUAGCUAAUAAGUUAGCAAGCUAGGAGUGUAACGGGAUUCAGGAAAUUAUUUGAAGAAACAAUGGAGACCACUGAACAGAACAAAACACAGUAAAAAGAGAUGAGCUUCUGGACUUGUUAGUUUACCUUGUAAAUAAAUGCAUUCCUUAACCAAGGAUAGGCUAAUAUAAAAGCUUAAUCCUUGGUCAAUUAUCUUGAUUUAUAUUCUGCUGCUCAAUUAGCAAUUAUAAUAUCUCACAAAGCGAUUCAUUUCG